UCGGUACAUGAGAAGUGAUAUAUUAACGGUCUUGUAUCAUUUUAUUUUAAUACAAGAAACAAAAAAUUUUCAUAAUGAAGUUUUUUAUUAGUCAUCUUUUAUUUUUAUUUACAUUCUUCUUUGGGGUUUGGAGUUCGCCAAAGGCAGAAUUAUGUCUACUUGAUUUUGACGAAGGUCCAGAUGAUAAUUAUACUCUUUCUUAUUGGUUCAAUAAAACUGCAGAACAAUGUGAAAGAUUUUGGUACGGUGGAAGUGGCGGAAAUGACAACAGAUUUGAAACAUUAAAUGAUUGCAUAAAAAAUUGUGAUAUUGAAGAGGAAGAAAUAUUACCUGGAUUAUUAUCAAAAGAAGUAUGUUUAUUAAAAUGGGAUUCUGGUCGUUAUGAGAAUUGGACGUUACAAUUUGCAUAUGAUAAAGAACAAGAAGAAUGCAUAGAAUUUCAAUAUGGAGGAAGAGGUGGUAACGCCAAUAGAUUUAAAAAUUAUGAAGAUUGUAUAGACCUCUGUGAACCAAUGAACGAAAGUUUGGUUCUUGAAUCACAUACUAAGGAAGAUUGUUUCCUGGAUAUUGAUAAUGGUGGACAGGACAAUUGGAAGGAAUAUUAUGGUUUUGUUAAAACAGAAAAUAAAUGUGUACCAUUUUUUUAUGGAGGAAGUGACGGUAAUGGUAACAGAUUUAAUACAGAAAAAGAAUGCAGAUGGUUCUGUAAACGAGUUACAGUAACAAUGGAACAUGAAGAAGAAUUGAAGAAUAUGCUUUACAAUUCCCUUAGCUUUUAUCUUGGACUUGAAGAUUAUAUUUGUCCUAAAGAAUCAUGUCUUGAUAUUCAAAAUCACGUGAGAUAUAUUGUUCAUUCUUAUUUAUUUGAUCGUAUUUAUGAUGUUUCUAAUGAUGUUUUAAUGAAAAUUUCAUGUGAAAUUGAUUCAAUUAUAAAUGAAAAUAAUUUAAUAAACAAAAAAUUUGAUAUAAAAAAAAUUGUAAAUAAUGUCACAAAUGGAAUUAUGAAAAUAAUUGCAAAUUGUAAUAGAUUUGGAAAAUUUGUCAAUGAACAAGAAUAUCCUAUUUUAUUUAAAUUAUUAUUGGAAAAAAUUAAUUCAAUUGAUGAUUUUACAUCGUUAAUUGAAUUAAAGGAUCAAUUUAUGAAAAUUAUUUUAAAUAAUAUUCAACCUAUUGAACAAACUAUUGAGAAUAAAAUAUCUAAUGAUAUUGACGAAAUAAUGAAACAAUAUCAUCAAUUAACAUGGUCAAUUUUCAAAUUUACAAUUGCUCAUGAUGUUCAUUAUUAUGUUAACAAGGCUCUUGAGAAAAAUAAAAAUUAA